AUGGGUUGUUGUUUAAGUAAUCAUAAUUAACAUGAUGCUAUUAUAUAAAAUAUUAUAGAAUAAACGGUUUUUGAAUAGCAGUAAAUAUAAAUAGAAGAAGGACAAUAAGAACGAAUAAGAACAACUUUAAAUUCAGAUUAAGAAAUUAUAAACAGUGAUGAUUCAAAGAAAUAAUAUAAUGUAAAUACAGAACAUCAUGUAAAGAAUUCAAGUCAUCAUAAAAGAGAAUUUGAAAAGGUAGAUGAGAGAAAUUAUUUAUUAAAAGUAGAGUAUAAUGUGAAAAUAAAAUAAUUUAUAGUAGAAUUGAUAAAAUUGGAUACAUCCUCAUUUUACAAAAUAUAGAUAUCAGCAUCAUUUUUAGAUUUUGAAAUUAUGGUGGAUUUAAAAGGAAUUUAAGUAAAUGAUAAUCAUUAACAUCUAUAAUUAUAUCCAUUCACAUAUUAAGAAGCAGUAAGACAUGCAAGAUAUAAUUGUUUUUUUUCUAAUGACAAAUAUUUCAACAUAGAAGAAAGUGAUUUUAAAAAGCAACACUUUUUUCAAUAAUUAUUAUUAGUAUAAAGAUAAGUACUUAAGAGUCAUUAAAAGUCUACAUCAUCUUAAGAGAAGAGAGUAGUUAAUAGGAGAUGGGCAAUGAUUGCAGAUUUAGCAACUGUCUUAAUAAAAUAGCCAAAUUUAACAAAUAGAUCAAAAGCAGAAGUAAAUUAUGAUGUAGUAAAUGAAUUAAUGGAGGUCAUUUAAGUUUUUGAUAUUGAAACUAAUCCUAGAUUUCUUAACAUUAUAUUUCAUCUUAUGCUUUAAACCUAUUUCCCUCAUUUAAGAGAAUAUUUAGUAUAUAUUGAGGAAGUCUAUUUUCUAUUUCAUGAUCUUCCUCAUUUAGAUUGUCCUCAAUAUUAUAAGAUUUUAUUAUUUUAUUAAGGAAUGAACUAUUCCCUAAAGGAUCUACAUACUCAUUUAGAUUUUGAGUAACUUUAAUUAUCUGAUUUAUGUCUUUUAAAAUUAACAUAUUGUUUACUUAAGAUUUUAUAUUCCUGUUAUUCAAAAUAUCUUUAUAGAUUGAAUUUUACUUUAAGUAAUAUAUACUAUUUUAGGAGAUUAAAAGUAUUUAAAUUGUAAUCAUUUUAAAGAAUAAGUUCACUUAUACCAUUUUAGGCUGAUGUUGAAUCAUCAGUUAAUUGUAUUAGUGAAUCAAAAAUUUCAUCCUUUAGAAAAUGUUAUCUUAAGGAUUAUUUAGCUAUUUGUGACAUUAUUAUAUUAUUUAAGAAUCCAAGAGGUUAAAACUAAAGAACUAUAAGUAAAUUGAGAAAGAAAAAAGUUAAAUCAGAAACAGAAGUUAGAUAUAAGGAUUAUCUUUUAUAUGCUGACUCUAUAUUUGAUGAAGUUGAAGAUAGAAUCAUUUUAGAUUUUAUUAAAAUAGGUUUAAAUAGAUCUCUUUUAGGAAAUGAUUACAAUAUUGAAUAGUAAUAUUUAAUUUAUAUAUUAGAGCAUUAGAAGAUUUAAAGAGUAUCAUCACUUAAAUGGAUUGUCUUAUUAUGAGUAUGGAGUAAUUAUAAAAAUAAAGAAAGAAAGAUGAAUAUCUUUUGAAAAAAUAAAAAAAGAAAAAUUAAAAUGAAUUUGAGGAUAUAAUUGAUAUAUCUUCUUAAAGUGAAGAAGAAGAUCAAGAAAAUAUAUUAAAAAAUUUUGAUUUAGAAUUAGAUAUUGAAAAUUUAACUAUGAAAUAAAUGGAAAAUAAAGAAAAUACAGAUAUAUAAAGAGAAUAAUUAAAAAAUGAAAUGAAUUAUUCAUCUUUAUUAAUGAAUCGAAAUUUUUUAAGAAAUUGUUAAAACUUUCUUAAAAAAGAAGAUAAAUAUUCUAUUGAUAAAGUUUAAGCUUUAAUAUAUUUGGCUUAAGCUAAAUCUUAAGAAAUUUUAGAUGAAAAUAUUAGAAAAUAAUAAUUCUAAAAUGAUCUUGAACCAGCCAUUUAAUUAGUGUAAAAACACGAUGAUAAAUCAAUGUCAACAUCUCAUUUUUUAGUUUUAAUAUAAUUAAUGUAAUAUUCUACAAGAAAACCUUAAGUAGUGUUACUUAGACUCUUGUAAAUAAGUUAAUUAUAAUAAUAAAAGAAAUUUCUAUUACGUCGUAAGAUUAAAAAAGCAAUUCAUUCAUAAACUGGAUUAAUUGAAAUGAGAAAACAUGUAAUAAUUCAAUUAGCAAAUGUAGAACAUUGUUUAGCUAAUUCAAGAUUAAAUGAAGCUAAUUCUAUGAUAUUCUCUAUUAUUGAUAUUCAAAUGAAAAGGAAUCUCAUUUCAUCCUUACUUUUUGGAUAUUCAUUAUAUAUAUAUGGUAUCAUUUGUCAAGAGACAAUCUAAAUUUAAUCUGCAAUGAUAACAUUUUAAAUGAGUAAAACUAUUUAUGAUAAUUAUUUUCCGAUGGAAAAAUGGAUAGAAAUUAAAGAAAAGUAGUAAGAAGAGCAUUCAAAUAAAAAAGCUAUAAAAGAAUAAAAAUAAAAGGAAGAACCUGAAAAACAUUAAAGAGUCUUAAUUAAUUUUCAUAAUAUGGCUACAUAUAACUUAUCUAAAUUGGCAUAUGAUUUAGGUGUUGUAUUUUGUUAAUUAAAUGAUCCAGAAAAUGCUUUAAAAGCACUUUAAAAAGCCAUAGAAUAUAGAAAACUUAUACAUGAUGAAUUUUCAGAUGAAGUCAUAGAAAUAGUUUUAAUGAUUUUUAAGAUCUAUAUCGAAAAUGAGGAAUCUUCUUAGGUUUUGAAAUUAGGUUGGUUUUAUGCUAGAAAAAUAAAUUAAUUAUAUAGAGAUAAUAAAUUAUAAUGUUUACAUAAUAAAAAUUUUGCAUAAUUGGAAUUCUUAUUAGCAGGAGUAUUUUAAAAUUGUAAUUCUUAUUUUAGUGCUUUAAGAUUUUAUUCAAGAGCUAGUAAAGCAUAUACAAUUUCUAAGACAUAAACAUUUAAUAGAAUGUAUUUUGUUUAAUAGUAAAGAAAAUUGAUAAUGUCUUAAAUUAAGGAUUAUCAUUUACAUAAUGAUAGAAUGUAAUCAUAAGAGUUUUAUUAUUAAACAAAAGUUAGAAGCAUUUAUGAUAAAAUGAAACCAUUUUUUUAAUAAGUUUACUUUGUAUCUUCUAUUUUAUAUAUGGAUAAUUCAUUAAAUCAGAAGACUGGUACAAAAUUAUUACAUUCUAAUGGUUUUAUGAAGAAUAAUGAUUUUUAAUUAGCAUCUUAAAGAUAUUAAGAGAUUCAUAAAUAAUAUUCUUAAAUAUAAAAGGAUGAAUGUUAUGGUCAUAAUAUUGAAAAGAUAGGGGAAAUAUUUUUAGAAUAAGGAGAAUUAGAAAAAGCAAAAACAUAAUUUGAAUUUGCUAUUGGUAUAUAUGAGAAAUAUUUGUUUUUUCCUUAUAAAGAAUAUUGUUAAAUGCGUUGCUAUUUAUAUAUUAUAUGUAUUCUUGCAAUAUAAAAGUAAUCAGAGAAUUUGAUUAAAUAAUUUAAUUUGGUAGAUACAUUUAUAUAGGAUUGUUAGUAAUUUAUGAAAUGGAGUAUAAUAUAAGAAGAGAGAAAAUAUAAUAAGUUUUAAUUAUUAUCUAAAAAGGCAGGUGUGAAAAUUCUUUAUUAAUUGGUAGAACUUAUGGAUUUAAUAGAUAAAUUUAGAAAUGUAAGAAAAAGAUGGUUUAAAAAGAUUUAAGAUUUAGAUUAUAUAAAUUAAAGAGGAUAAAAGAUGAAGAAAAGAAUGAAGAUACAUCGAUCAGAAAAUAAAUUAUUGGCUGAAUUUCGUAAAUCUUGUUUACUUGGGAAUCAUGUAUCAAUACGUAUAAGAAAAUAUGAAGAUUAAAUUAAAGUAAAUUAAGAUGAUUUAUAGAAAUUAUAAGAUAAGAGAUUAUAAGAAAUGUUAAAAGUACAAUCAAUUAAUUAAAAUGAAGAUUAAAGAAUUAUUGAACAAUCAAUUCUUGGAUAAAAAACAUUAUAAGAAUAAGAAAAUAUUCCUUAAUAAAAUAUUAAAAGCAAAAAGUCUAAAUUCUUUAUUUUAGAUAUUGAUGAAAAUACAAUAAAAAAGAAGAAAUAAAAGUAAAUCAAUUAAGAAGUUAAGAAAAUAGAGAUUUCUCAAUAAACAUCAUCUAGAUAUUUAGAUUUAGCUUCAAGUACUCUAGAAUCAUAAAGAACAUAACCUCCUAGUGAAAGAGUUCUUAAAAUUUAGAAAUCAAAGAGUUCAUCAAAAGCCACAAUUAUUCAAAAUUUCUAAGAUAAAAGCAGUAUAAGUUAAAGAGGUACUUCAUAAAAAAGUUGUAAAUUAAAUCCAUUUUAGAAAGUGAGUAAAAAAUAAAUUUGA